AUGUCUGCUCAGCUACAGCAUAAUGCCGCCUGGGAGGCUAGCCCUCUUGCAUUCCUGUCCCGCCAAUUCAUCGAAGGAGUUCCCAAAAUCCCCAAAGGCGUCACUCUAUCCGGGAAAACAGCUCUCAUCACGGGCUCAAACGUUGGAUUGGGUUUUGAAUGUGCUCGUCAACUUCUUGCUCUUGAUCUUUCACACCUGAUCAUUGCCGUACGGAACCAAACGAGAGGUGAUAAUGCAGCACAGAAACUAAGAAACGAGUUCCCAGAAGCAAAGAUUGAAGUUUCAUUAGUUGACAUGGCUUCGUACAAGUCAAUCCAAAACUUCGUCAAGUGGUGCGAGACCUUGCCUCGACUCGAUAUUGCCAUCCUGAACGCUGGAUUGAGCAGACCUCAAUUUGAGCGAUCGGACGAGUCCAAGCAUGAAAUGACAUGUCAAAUCAACUACCUCUCCACUGCCCUCCUCGCCAUACUUCUUUUACCCGCCCUAAAGAAGAAGCGUGGGACUUCUGAGCCUGCACAUCUCGCUCUCGUUGGCUCUGACAUGUCAUACUGGGCUCAUUGGACUGGAACAAGUGAUUCCAUCUGGGAUACAGUCGACGACCCUUCCAGUUGGUCCAGCAAUGGUGCUUACCAGAUAUCCAAGCUUCUUCUCAUCAUGUUUGUCGGAAAACUCUCCGAGUACGUCUCGCCCGACGAAGUCAUUGUCAACUUCCCCAAUCCCGGCGCGUGCAGGGGAACAGAAUUUGGAACAGAUGGCAAGAGGAGCAAGAUUGAGCAGUUUUGGAUGAGCAUUGCCAAACCUAUUGUUGGAAGGACAGUCUCUACUGGCGCAAGAUCUUAUGUUGAUGCUGUUGCCGUGAAGGGCAAAGAUAGCCACGGUAGCUUUGUUGGCGAGGGCAAGAUUAAGCCAUACCCCCAGAUUAUGUACGAGCCGGUGGGAAAGGCACUUCAGGAGACGGCUUGGAAUGAUUUAAUGAAAGAAUUGGGUUUUGCGAAGCCUCUGGAGACACUCAAAGGCGGCAAUUGA